GGCUGCGCCGCGCACCUCGCAUCUAUGAUUCUGCUGACGAGACGUCCGCGUUUUUAAUCAUCCGAAGUGUUUAAAUAAUUACUACUAAUUUGUUUUAUAUGUACCGGUUGUUUAAUUUAACGACGUAAUACUUUACAUAGCAUUUAAAACACACGACUUUGUAAACAUGGCGUUUAUCAAAGAGGAGACCGUAGACAUCAGGAUUGAAGAAGUUUUCUGUCUCAAACAAGAAGAUUUCGAGAAACUCAGAGACUUGACAGCAACUAAAGAGACGAAUGAAGUGCUGAAUAAAAUGGAAGAAGAUCAGCAUGAGAACCAUCAUGAUUUCAUAACUGAAGAAAAAUCUUUCAGUUGCUCAGAGAUUAAGAAGACUUCCUCUCGAAAAACAGUUAAAAAAGCGAUAGGAGCUAGAAGUUGUUUUACCUGCUUUCAGUGUGGAAAGCUUUUCACUUUUAAAGGAAGCCUCGCCAGGCAUAUGAGAAUACACACUGGAGAGAAACCUUUUACCUGCCUUCAGUGUGGAAAACACUUCAGACACAAAACAAACCUUAACAGGCAUAUGAGGAUUCACACUGGAGAGAAGCCUUACACAUGCCAACAGUGUGGAAAGAGUUUUCAUCAACAUGUAAACCUUAAAGCACACAUAAGAACUCACAAUCGUGAAAAACUUUAUUCGUGCUGGCAGUGUGGAAAAACUUUUGCUCAACAAGGAAACCUCGACGUCCACAUGAAAAUUCAUACAGAAGAAAACCCUACCUGUCAACAGUGUGGAAAAAGUUUCAAACGAAUAGGAAACCUUAAGAACCACAUGAUAAUUCACUCUAGAGAAAAGCCUUACACAUGCCUUCAGUGUGGAAAGGGUUUUCAUCAACAAAGAAACCUUGAAGUCCACAUGAAAGUUCAUACAGGAGAAAGGGCUUUUACCUGCCAACAGUGUGGAAAACAAUUCAACCAAAAAGUAAACCUUGAAGCUCACUUGAAAGUACACACUGGAGAAAGCCAUUUCACUUGCAAGCAGUGCGGAAAACGUUUCACUCAAAAAGGAAACCUUAACAGGCAUAUGCAAAUACACAGUGGAGAGAAGUCUUACUCGUGCCCUCAGUGUGGAGUAAGUUUCACACAAAAAGUGGUUCUCAAUAGGCAUAUAAGAAAUCAUACUAGGGAAAAGCCUUACACAUGCCUUCAGUGCGGAAAGAGUUUUGGUCAAAAUGAAAAGCUUGAAGUACACAUGAGAACACACAAUCGUGAAAAACUUUAUUCAUGCCGGCAGUGUGGAAAAUGUUUUGCUCAACAGGGAAACCUCGACGUCCACAUGAAAAUUCAUACAGAAGAAAACCCUUUUACCUGUCAACAGUGUGGAAAAAGUUUUGCUCAACAGGGAAACCUCGACGUCCACAUGAAAAUUCAUACAGAAGAAAACCUUUUUACCUGUCAACAGUGUGGAAAAAGUUUUGCUCAACAGGGAAACCUCGACGUCCACAUGAAAAUUCAUACAGAAGAAAACCCUUUUACCUGUCAACAGUGUGGAAAAAGUUUUGCUCAACAAGGAAACCUCGACGUCCACAUGAAAAUUCAUACAGAAGAAAACUCUUUUACCUGUCAACAGUGUGGAAAAAGUUUCAAACGAAUAGGAAACCUUAAGAACCACAUGAUAAUUCACUCUAGAGAAAAGCCUCACACAUGCCAUCAGUGUGGAAAGGGUUUUCAUCAACAAAGAAACCUUGAAGUCCACAUGAAAGUUCAUACAGGAGAAAGGGCUUUUACCUGCCAACAGUGUGGAAAACAAUUCAACCAAAAAGUAAACCUUGAAGCUCACUUGAAAGUACACACUGGAGAAAGCCAUUUCACUUGCAAGCAGUGCGGAAAACAUUUCACUCAAAAAGGAAACCUUAACAGGCAUAUGCAAAUACACAGUGGAGAGAAGUCUUACUCGUGCCCUCAGUGUGGAGUAAGUUUCACACAAAAAGUGGUUCUCAAUAGGCAUAUAAGGAAUCAUACUAGGGAAAAGCCUUACACACGCCUUCAGUGCAGAAAGAGUUUUGAUCAAAAUGAAAAGCUUGAAGUACACGUGAAAGUUCACAGUGGAGAAAAACCUUUUACCUGCCUUCUGUGUGGAAAACACUUCAGUCACAAAACAAACCUUAACAGGCAUAUGAGGAUUCACACUGGAGAGAAGCCUUACACAUGCCAACAGUGUGGAAAGAGUUUUCAUCAACAUGUAAACCUUAAAGUACACAUGCGAACUCACAAUCGUGAAAAACUUAAUUCGUGCCGGCAGGGUGGAAAAAGUUUUGCACAACAGGGAAACCUCGACGUCCACAUGAAAAUUCAUACAGAAGAAAACCCUUUUACCUGUCAACAGUGUGGAAAAAGUUUUGCUCAACAGGGAAACCUCGACGUCCACAUGAAAAUUCAUACAGAAGAAAACCUUUUUACCUGUCAACAGUGUGGAAAAAGUUUUGCUCAACAGGGAAACCUCGACGUCCACAUGAAAAUUCAUACAGAAGAAAACCCUUUUACUUGUCAACAGUGUGGAAAAAGUUUUGCUCAACAGGGAAACCUUGACGUCCACAUGAAAAUUCAUACAGAAGAAAACUCUUUUACCUGUCAACAGUGUGGAAAAAGUUUCAAACGAAUAGGAAACCUUAAGAACCACAUGAUAAUUCACUCUAGAGAAAAGCCUCACACAUGCCUUCAGUGUGGAAAGGGUUUUCAUCAACAAAGAAACCUUGAAGCCCACAUGAAAGUUCAUAAAGGAGGAAGGGCUUUUACCUGCCAACAGUGUGGAAAACAUUUCAACCAAAAAGUAAACCUUGAAGCUCACUUGAAAGUACACACUGGAGAAAGCCAUUUCACUUGCAAGCAGUGCGGAAAACAUUUCACUCAAAAAGGAAACCUUAACAGGCAUAUGCAAAUACACAGUGGAGAGAAGUCUUACUCGUGCCCUCAGUGUGGAGUAAGUUUCACACAAAAAGUGGUUCUCAAUAGGCAUAUAAGAAAUCAUACUAGGGAAAAGCCUUACACACGCCUUCAGUGCAGAAAGAGUUUUGAUCAAAAUGAAAAGCUUGAAGUACACGUGAAAGUUCACAGUGGAGAAAAACCUUUUACCUGCCUUCUGUGUGGAAAACACUUCAGUCACAAAACAAACCUUAACAGGCAUAUGAGGAUUCACACUGGAGAGAAGCCUUACACAUGCCAACAGUGUGGAAAGAGUUUUCAUCAACAUGUAAACCUUAAAGUACACAUGCGAACUCACAAUCGUGAAAAACUUAAUUCGUGCCGGCAGGGUGGAAAAAGUUUUGCACAACAGGGAAACCUCGACGUCCACAUGAAAAUUCAUACAGAAGAAAACCCUUUUACCUGUCAACAGUGUGGAAAAAGUUUUGCUCAACAGGGAAACCUCGACGUCCACAUGAAAAUUCAUACAGAAGAAAACCUUUUUACCUGUCAACAGUGUGGAAAAAGUUUUGCUCAACAGGGAAACCUCGACGUCCACAUGAAAAUUCAUACAGAAGAAAACCCUUUUACUUGUCAACAGUGUGGAAAAAGUUUUGCUCAACAGGGAAACCUUGACGUCCACAUGAAAAUUCAUACAGAAGAAAACUCUUUUACCUGUCAACAGUGUGGAAAAAGUUUCAAACGAAUAGGAAACCUUAAGAACCACAUGAUAAUUCACUCUAGAGAAAAGCCUCACACAUGCCUUCAGUGUGGAAAGGGUUUUCAUCAACAAAGAAACCUUGAAGCCCACAUGAAAGUUCAUAAAGGAGGAAGGGCUUUUACCUGCCAACAGUGUGGAAAACAUUUCAACCAAAAAGUAAACCUUGAAGCUCACUUGAAAGUACACACUGGAGAAAGCCAUUUCACUUGCAAGCAGUGCGGAAAACAUUUCACUCAAAAAGGAAACCUUAACAGGCAUAUGCAAAUACACAGUGGAGAGAAGUCUUACUCGUGCCCUCAGUGUGGAGUAAGUUUCACACAAAAAGUGGUUCUCAAUAGGCAUAUAAGAAAUCAUACUAGGGAAAAGCCUUACACACGCCUUCAGUGCAGAAAGAGUUUUGAUCAAAAUGAAAAGCUUGAAGUACACGUGAAAGUUCACAGUGGAGAAAAACCUUUUACCUGCCUUCUGUGUGGAAAACACUUCAGUCACAAAGCAAACCUUAACAGGCAUAUGAGGAUUCACACUGGAGAGAAGCCUUACACAUGCCAACAGUGUGGAAAGAGUUUUCAUCAACAUGUAAACCUUAAAGUACACAUGCGAACUCACAAUCGUGAAAAACUUAAUUCGUGCCGGCAGGGUGGAAAAAGUUUUGCACAACAGGGAAACCUAGAUGUUCACAUGAAAACUCAUACAGAAGAAAACUCUUUUACCUGUCAACAGUGUGGAAAAAGUUUCAAACGAAUUGGAAACCUUAAAUACCACAUGAGAUUUCACAUUAGAGAAAAGCUUUACACAUGCCAUCAGUGUGGAAAAAGUUUCACUCAAAAUGAAAAGCUUGAAGAACACAUGACAAUUCACACAGAAGAAAACCUUUCCACCAGCCAACAGUGUGGAGUAAGUUUCACUCAAAAAGUGGUUCUCAAUAGGCAUAUAAGAAAUCAUACUAGGGAAGAGCCUUACACAUGCCUUCAGUGCGGAAAGAGUUUUGAUCAAAAUGAAAAGCUUGAAGUACACGUGAAAGUUCACAGUGGAGAAAAACCUAUCACCUGCCUUCUGUGUGGAAAACACUUCAGUCACAAAGCAAACCUUACCAGGCAUAUGAGGAUUCACACUGGAGAGAAGCCCUACACAUGCCAACAGUGUGGAAAGAGUUUUCAUCAACAUGUAAACCUUAAAGUACACAUGAGAACUCACAAUCGUGAAAAACUUAAUUCGUGCCGGCAGGGUGGAAAAAGUUUCAGAAAGAAAUGUAUUCUCAACAGGCAUAUGAGAAUUCACACUGGUGAGAAGCCUUUUACCUGCCAACAGUGUGGAAAGCGUUUCAAACGAAAAGGAACCCUUAAGUAUCACAUGAGAAUUCACUCCAGGGAAGAAAAGCUUUACACAUGCCAUCAGUGUGGAAAGAGUUUUGAUCAAAAUGAAAAACUUGAAGAACACAUGACAAUUCACACAGAAGAAAACCUUUCCACCAGCCAACAGUGUGGAGUAAGUUUCACUCAAAAUGAGAUUCUCAAUAUGGACAAGAAAAUUCAGACUGGGGAGAAGCCUUACACAUUCCCUCAGUGUGGAAAGGGUUUUCAUCAACAAAGAAACCUUGAAGUCCACAUGAAAAUUAAUUCAGGAGAAAGGGCUUUUACCUGCCAACAGUGUGGAAAAUGUUUCAAUAAAAAAGGAAACCUUACCACCCAUUUGAGAAUUCACACUGGAGAGAAGCCUUACACAUGCCUUCAGUGUGGUAAGAGUUUUCAUCAGCAUGGACACCUUAAACUCCACAUGAGUAUUCAUACAGGAGAAAGGCCUUUUACAUGCCAUCAGUGUGGAAAGAGUUUCAAACGAAAAGGAACCCUGAAGUACCACAUGAUAAUGCACACUAGAAAAAAGGUUUACACAUGCCAUCAGUGUGGAAAGAGUUUCACUCAAAAUGAAAAGUUUGAAGAACACAUGACAGUUCACACCGAAGAAAACCUUUCCACCAGCCAACAGUGUGGAGUAAGUUUCACUCAAAAUUUGAUUCUCAAUAUGGACAAGAAAAAUCAGGCUGUGGAGAAGCAUUAUACAUGCCCUCAGUGUGGAAAGGGUUUUCAUCAACAAAUUAACCUUGAAGUUCACAUGAAAGUUCAUACAGGAGAAAGGCCUUUUACCUGCCAACAGAGUGGAAAACAAUUCAACCAAAAUGUAAACCUUGAAGCUCACUUGAAAGUACACACUGGAGAAAGCCAUUUCACUUGCAAGCAGUGCGGAAAACAUUUCAUUAAAAAAGGAAACCUUAACAGGCAUAUGCAAAUACACAGUGGAGAGAAGUCUUACUCGUGCCCUCAGUGUGGAAAGGGUUUUCAUCAAAAUGAAAAGCUUGAAGUCCACAUGAAAAUUCAUUCAGGAGAAAGGCCUUUUACCUGCCAACAGUGUGGAAAAUGUUUUGCUCAACAGGGAAACCUUGAUGCUCACAUGAAAAUUCAUACAGAAGAAAACCCUUAUACCUGUCAACAGUGUGGAAAAAGUUUCAGAAAGAAAUGGAUUCUCAACAGCCAUAUGAGAAUUCACACUGGAGAGAAGCCUUACACAUGUCUUCAGUGUGGAAAGAGUUUUCAUCAGCGUGGAAACCUUAAACUCCACAUGAGUAUUCAUACAGGAGAAAAGCCUUUUACCUGCCAACAGUGUGGAAAGACUUUUGAUCAAAAUGAAAAGCUUCAAGUACACAUGAGAAAUCACGUUGGAGAAAACUCUUUCACCUGUCAACAGUGUGGAGAAAGUUUCAGCAAGAAAUGGAUUCUCAACAGGCAUAUGAGAAUUCACACUGGAGAGAAGCCUUACACAUGUCUUCAGUGUGGAAAGAGUUUUCAUCAGCGUGGAAACCUUAAACUCCACAUGAGUAUUCAUACAAGAGAAAAGCCUUUUACCUGCCAACAGUGUGGAAAGCAUUUCAAACGAAAAGGAACCCUUAAGUACCACAUGAAAAUUCACUCCAGGGAGGAAAAGCCUCACACAUGCCAUCAGUGUGGAAAGAGUUUCGAUCAAAAUGAAAAGCUUGAAGAACACAUUACAAUUCACAUGGAAGAAAACCUUUCCACCAGCCAACAGUGUGGAGUAAGUUUCACUCAAAAUGAGAUUCCCCAUAUGGACAAGAAAAUUCAGACUGGGAAGAAUCCUUACACAUGCUCUCAGUGUGGGAAGGGUUUUCAUCAACAUAGAAACCUUAAAAUUCACAUGAAAGUUCAUACAGGAGAAAGGCCUUUUACCUGCCAACAGUGUGGAAAACAUUUCAAACGAAAAGGAAACCUUAAUUAUCACAUGAGCGUACACACUGGAGAAAGCCAUUUCACCUGCCAGCAGUGUGGACUAAGUUUCACUCAAAAAGGAAGCCUUAACAGGCAUAUGCGAAUACACACGGGAGAGAAACCUUACUCAUGCCCUCGGUGUGGAAAGAGUUUCGAUCAGCAUGGAAAUCUUAAAGUCCACAUGAGAAUUCACACUGGAGAAAAGCCUUACAAGUGUCUUCAGUGUGGAAAGAGUUUUGAUCAACAUGGAAACUUUAAAAUCCACAUGAAAAGUCAUACAGGGGAAAGGCCUUUUACCUGUCAACAGUGUGGAAAGCAUUUCAAACGAAUAGGAAACCUUAAGUACCACAUGAGAAUUCACUCCAGGGAGGAAAAGCUUUACACAUGCCAUCAGUGUGGAAAGAGUUUCACUCAAAAUGAAGAGUUUGAAAAACACAUGACAAUUCACGCCGAAGAAAACCUUUCCACCAGCCAACAGUGUGGAGUAAGUUUCACUCAAAAAGGGUUACUGAAUGUGGACAAGAAAAUUCAGACUGGGGAGAAGCCUUACACAUGCCCUCAGUGUGGAAAGGGUUUUCAUCAACAUAGAAACCUUAAAAUUCACAUGAAAGUUCAUACAGGAGAAAGGCCUUUUACCUGCCAACAGUGUGGAAAAUGUUUCAAACGAAAAGGAAACCUUAAUUAUCACAUGAGCGUACACACUGGAGAAAGCCAUUUCACCUGCCAGCAGUGUGGACUAAGUUUCACUCAAAAAGGAAGCCUUAACAGGCAUAUGCGAAUACACACGGGAGAGAAACCUUACUCAUGCCCUCGGUGUGGAAAGAGUUUCGAUCAGCAUGGAAAUCUUAAAGUCCACAUGAGAAUUCACACUGGAGAAAAGCCUUACAAGUGCCCUCAGUGUGGAAAGAGUUUUGAUCAACAUGGAAACUUUAAAGUCCAUAUGAGAGCUCACACUGGAAAGAGCCCUUUCAACUGUCAACAGUGUGGGAAAGGAUUCACCCGAAAAAGAAACCUUAAUUACCACACACAAAUUCAUACUGGAGAGAAGCCUUUCAUCUGCAAACAGUGUGGAAAGGGCUUCACUCAAAAAGAGAUUCUCAACAGACACAUGAAAAUUCACACUGAAGUUCAGAUGAGAAAUCAUACUGAAGAGACCCUUUUACCUACCAACAGUGUGGAACUUUCGGCAGAAGUUAAGUUUGAAAAUAAAUCCAUAUCUUGCUAAUGAAUGCUCAGAACAAUAAGAAGCCAUUUAUAUGUGAUUAGUGUGGAGUUUCAGAUAGAUGCUAACUCCUUGAGGAUUCACUUAAGAGAGAAUGUCAUCAAACUGUUUCCUGUCUGAAACUCCUACCACUCUGGAGUCAUGUAGUAACUCUCAUCUGACAGAAGUCUUAAAUGAGACGAUAAAGAAAGAAUUUCACAUCUUUAGUGUGAAGAGUUAAAUCAAACGGCCCUGAAAUGUGGAGUGCUACAAAAAAAGAGCAAUUUCAGUAAUCAGUUGUGCAUUCAUUUUGGAGGAAAACAAUAUAAGAUGUGAGAAAUGUGAGACCAUAUUUGUAUUAUUUGUUUUGUCUUUACUCUUAAAAAUACACAUUGUUAGUUAUUUAUAUUUAAAAAUGUGGUUUCACAAAAUGAACAAAAAAAAUGUUGCAAUGGCCAGGGUAAAAAGAUAAACAAGAAUGAAUAUGAACAUAUUUUUACAUUCAGGGCACAAUGUUAUAUGUUGUUGUUUUAUAUUUUGAUCACCAUACUAUGUAUUUACAGGUGCAAUCAGAAAUAUUCAACCCCCUCAACUCAAAAUACAUUAUAGUGAUAUCGAUGAACAAUCAUGAAAACAAUUACAUGCCAGAAAUACUGCUGGUUUAUGUCCAACCAAAACUCUAAAGUCUUAAGCCGUGUUUCCACCACAGGAACUAGGGACUUUGGGCUGGUACUUGGUGUGUUUCCACCGCAGGAACCAGGAACUAAAUAAAGUUCCGGGUAAAAAAAUGCCCCUCAGAAAGUCCCUGCUGGCGAGGUGGUACUUUUUCAAAGUUCAGGAACUUUCGGGGGCGGGACUUUGGCGCUAAACAUCCUGAUUGGUUGAGUUCACGCAGCAUUGGUUGAGUUUAACCACCAUUUAUUCGGAUCAACAUUUUCAAAAUAUUACUGUUAUUGUGUCAUGAAAUGUAAUUUUAAAAGUAUUUCAGGCGAGAAUGUAGUUGUUUAAAACUCAAAUCUGUGGUUUAUUUACAAAGACAGCGCCUAUUUAAAAAUGUGUUUCGCCGAUCUCUGAGACGGUGAGCUCCACUCGAUCAGCGGGAGCUCAGUCCUCAUGUAUCCGCAGAGAGCAGCCUCUCCUGGGAUAGACCUUCUGAUAUGUGCCGCUGGCUCUGAUGUGUCUUUAGUGGUUAAACAUAACAUAUAAUUCAGUUGCAGGGUAAAUCUAACAGGUUUUCUUUGGUCUGUAUUCAAUUUAUCUAUAUGUUAAAAUGAAAAUAAAAAGGCGAAUCUAUAUAAUAUUCGUUUCAUUGUAAUGGCUGCAUAUACACAUAUCCCUGAACUAAGUACAUUUCUGCAGCUGUUAUUAUGCUUAAAUGAAAACCAAAGGAGGCGUUGGUAUUUGAUAUCCUAUUUCGUUUUAUUGUAAAUAUACAGAGGUAAUAUACAGUAUUCGCGUCGUCGCUGACAUCACACUCCCCAGUCGAAUGCACAAAGUCUGAACUAACUACCGAUGAUGCACGUCCAAAAUCAGUAAUUAUUAUUAUUUUUUUUGUAUUUAUUUUUUUAAAUCAGCGGUACUUUGUAUUGAGAAACGCGCGCAGACCUACGUCACCAGUCUAUUUGCCUAAUCUUCCCGGUACUUUACACCGCGGUGGAAACGCAGAAAGCAACAGGUCUGGGGGGGGAAAAAGUUCCUGGUACAAAUGUUCCGGGUAAUUUCGGUGGAAACGCGGCUUUAUUCAAAUUCCUCCUGGCAUGUUCUAGUGGAAUUUUGAUGUUCCUUGUGGUCAAGAGUGGAGUGCGUCUUGGAGUCCAGCAAUGAAGUCCUUGUUUAUUCAGUGCAUGUCUUAUAGUUGCUCCUGAAGGUCUUGUUCCAGGCUAGGAGUCUCGCAGUCACACAGGUUUUUCUUGGUUAUCCUGACUAAUGCCGCUUUUCCACUGUGUGGUACAUCUUGGCUCAGUUUGCAUUUCCACUGCAGUUUAGUAACACCUUAGAGUGCGUGGGAUUACUUGCGUCAUUGCGAAAAAAUAACCCCCAUCAAGUUCUCGAUGGAUCUGCUCCUCUGCUGUCAACAAGAGGAAAGUCUGUACUUCCUCAACAGACACCGAAACAGCCAUUUUUUGGUUGUUAAAAAAGGUGCGUUCAUUCAAAACAGUUGCAUUCGAUCCUUUGCUGUCUGUGCUGAUUUAAAUCCAGCUGUUCAGUGAGCUGUACCAUGCAGUGGAAAAGCACCAUAACUUGUUAUGUGCCCUUGAUGUAAUGUUAGGUUUUCUUCCAUGGCCAGGCAUGUUUGCCUCUGUUCCAUAAGCCUUAAACUUCGUUAUGCUCCUGAUGGUGUCUCUUGUAAUGUAAGUUUUUGGGAAAUCUUAUUAUACCUAAGGCCUUACAGGUGUGAUGAAAUGAUCUCUCUCAGGUUUUGUGGAAGCUCCUUUGUUUUUCCCAUGAAUGUAGAUCACCUUGUGAAUACCUUCAUGGGUGGGGUUUAUGCAUCACUGCUGAAGCAAGUCAGGGUUUAUUAUAGAGCUCCCAAAGGCUUAAUUUUGUAUAGAAAACUUAAAGGAAAACUUUAAAAACAACAUAAUUUAAUGUUUAUGAUUGAAACUGUACAUGUUGUUGUGCAUAUCAUGUAUGUGAGUUGGUCUUGCUCUCUUUUUUUCUCCAUUCUUUUAUGUUGAGAAUUGUAAACACAUGCCACAAUUUUGCUUGGAA